CAUCCAUUCCGCCCUGCAUCCUCAAACCAAAGUUCUAUGACGUCUGGCCCCUCAAACUACAGCUUGCACAACUCCCACUUGCUCAAAAUUCAACCCUUGAAGCACCAAGCGUCACUAUCUCAACUUAUCAACUUUAUCCAAGUUCAACUCGGAGUUGCCCAACAUGACUGAACCUCGUGCCGCCGCUCAUGUCACCAAUGGUUUCCGACCUGCCCUGGAGACAUGCUUGGGGCCUCGCAGUCUCGCAGACAUGUGCCUGAGGGUGGCUCUCAACAACGUCAGGCACAUCCAGAGCCUAGGCAACCUACCACCCCAAUACACGGGUCCCAUCCUCCGACAUGUGAAGACGGCUGAGCAGCUUCAUCAACUGGAGCUUAACAGCGAUGACAUCUACGACCAGACCGCAGCGCACUGGAUGCGUAUCAUCAAGGACAAGUUUCCCGAGCUUGCUUCACAGCACAACUUCGUUCCCCAGAAACGAAAGUCCUGGCACAAGGUCUACGAUAAGUACGAGAAACUCCAGGAGGAACAGAUUGCUGCUGCCACGGAGAAGCUCAAACAGGGUCUCGCCGCCCAAACUCAACAGCAACAAUCUCGCAAAUCCACCAUCAUAUCCAGCAAGGAAAGCGUGGGCCUGCGACGUCCCAAGGCAAAACCUGGAUAUUCGCUGGUAUCGAAGAAGCAAGACUUCUUUUCGAAAACCAGAACGCAGCUUCGGAUGGAGGCUGGGCGCUUCAGAACCAAUCCGCUGGCAUCUCGCACUUCCCAAAUCAAGAAAGCACCGGCAGCCAUGAUUGAAGAAGCCCGAAUCAAGAGCCAACCCAGCUUGGUUCCGCCUCCUCCUCCAUUACGCCCGGACCUCCCUUCGAAACCGACUGCAGUUGGUUCUGGCGGGAUCACAAGUCGUGAAGAGAAGGAGGCUCGCCUCCUGCAGGUCAAAAACGCAGGUAGAACUAAGCCGGAGGCUGGCGAAAAUGUCCUUAGAUUCAGCGAUGACGAGGAUGACGAAGACACCAAACUGAAUGAGGAUGAUGAUCUCUUUGGCGACUUUGCUGAUCCCGAAUUCGACGACGUCUCCAACGGCAGUCAAUCGCAGAAGGCUGUCGCCUCUUCUGCCUCGUCACCGUCCCGUACGGCGUCCAUCAAGCCGCUGCUUGUCCCAGAGCAGCCGACCAAACACCUUCGAGACCCAGUGAAGGUGGGAGACAAGCAGCCAGUCAAACGCCGUCGCAGCGUUGAGGAGGCAGAUGCAGAGCAGCCAACCAAGCACCGCCGCAGCCACGAAGAAACCACGACCCCCAUGUUGUCGGCUUCCAACAAAGCCAGUACCCUGCCUUCCCUAGCUCCACAACAAUCCGCAAAACGCCGUCCGAAGGGUCUCUCGGCAGCACCGGGCGCCAACAAAGGCAUCGCAUUCAAGCCUGCGUCUAGAGCUGUCAUCAACCCUGCCAUCAAGACUGUUCCCAAGCCUGCCUCCAAGGAGGGAGCGGAAAGCAAGCCCUCUUCCCGGCCCGCUGUCAAUCCUAGCACGGGCUCUCGUUCACACCGCGGCGUUCCCAUGACGGCUCCAUCUGCCAGCCGCUCUCGUUCCGCGAGCACUUCUGGCGACGAGUUAACUGCGGACCAUGGCCGGAGAGCGACACGUUGCGGCAGCCAGGACCCUGUCGAGUCGUUGAGUGGGUUGCCGGUACGUGCCAUGCAACCAGCGAACCGCUACCCGAUCCUGCGGCCUAGUCCCAAGCUGAAGAACAGCUGAACUCGAGACUCGUGGCCGCCGCUUCCAGCGGCUUGGUUAUGGCGGUGGAUAUGAAGAAUCAGGCGUCUGAGUGGAUUUACAUGGUUGAGGCGUUGGAUGGCUUGAAUUUCACAAUAGCAUGAAUC